UCAACGUUUUUUUUUAAUCCCUAACUAACCACAAGGUUACAAUUUUACGCACCAAUUUUCGGGGCCUUCCCCCCCUCCCCACAAUCCUCCACCCCUUCGCCGGAUCUCAAAAAUCCAGGAAAAGCAGAGGAUCUCUGACUCAGUUUCCCCCCCUUUUCCCCCCUCUCAAAAGACUUUCGCAGGAAAUGCAGCGUGUUCCGUACGACGGCCUCAAAACACAGAUGUCCGGAGCCAUCGAAGUGGAACAGAAGUUUCUUUUCGGGCCUAGCACCAUCGAGAAGUUAGCCGAGCUGGGGGCCCUCCUGGAAGGCCGCAUCUCUUUUCGCGACAGCUACUACGACGUCCCCGAUUGGCGCUUGACGUGGGAGGAUCACUGGCUGCGGGAACGCGAGGGGGUGGGCUGGGAGUUGAAAUGUCCCCCAGUUCUUGGGGCGGUGGGAAGCAAGGAGAGCCCGUGUGCAGCAGAGACAGAUAACCAUUCGUCCGCUCCAAUUUGGCGACCACCGAGGGACCCAAGAUCAUCUCACACGGCCACCCCGUACCGAGAAGUGACGUGUCCCCAAGAUAUCGUGACCCGCCUCUGUGGUUUAUUGGGCAGAAACCCUGGACAGAACUGGAGAUGUUGUGUGAACAAAGCAGUAGAAGAACUGGGCUUGGAGAUGUUUGCUAGUUUUGUGACCACGCGGCACAAAUACCGGGUGGGGGAUUUGCACGUGGAUCUCGACGAGGCGGAUUUCGGCUACGCCGUGGGCGAGGUGGAAACUAUGGUCCAACGGUUAGAGGACAUCCCUGGGGCUUUGGAGAAGAUUCAGAAGUUUUGCAGGCAGCUAGGCUUGGAAGAAACGCCCGCCAUUCCUGGCAAGAUGUUGGUGUAUUUGCACAGAUUCAGACCUACCCAUUACCAGGCCUUGAUGGAGUCUAGAAUUGUGCGGGAAGUGAUAACUACCACCGAGGGACAGUAUGGAAAAGUUUGAUGGGGCAAGAAGCAAGAUGGGGUGAGAAAGUUUCACCUCCCCGACGAUGGGCUAGUCCAGAAUGAUUUGAUUUAAAUGAAAUCAAAUCAUCUUCAAAUUAAAAAGUGCAAUUCAAAUAAACUCUCCGUUUCAUUCCA